AGAGAGAGCGUGAGAGCCCCACAGCGAACGACAUGUCCCUGUGGGGAGCAGUGCCUCUGCACCCCAGAGUGAGGAGGACACAGGGGUCAGAGGUGGCUGCAGGGCGGGCAGAGGAGGGACCGGCUGAGGGGGUGGGCUGGCGGCCUGGUGGCCUGGGAACAGUCAGGAAGGGAAGCCAGCUGGUGACAAGAGAGCCCAGCGGCGUCUGGGGCUGCGAGGAGAGCCCAGAAGACUGCAGCCAUGCCUCACAGCUCCGACAGCAGCGACUCCAGCUUCAGCCGCUCUCCCCCUCCUGGCAAACAGGACUCAUCUGACGAUGUGCGGAAAGUUCAGAGGAGGGAGAAAAAUCGCAUUGCUGCCCAGAAGAGCCGACAGAGGCAGACACAGAAAGCUGACACCCUGCACUUGGAGAGUGAAGACCUGGAGAAACAGAACGCGGCUCUGCGCAAGGAGAUCAAGCAGCUCACAGAGGAGAUGAAGUACUUCACGUCGGUGCUCAGCAGCCACGAGCCCCUGUGCUCGGUGCUGGCGGCCAGUGCGCCCUCGCCCCCCGAGGUGGUGUACAGUGCCCACGCCUUCCACCAGCCUCACGUCAGCUCCCCGCGCUUCCAGCCCUGAGCUUUUCCAGAGAUGGGGGAGAGCAGAGCCGACACCCCCAGUCCCCGGCUGCUCCGCAGGCCUCAGGAGGGGCACACAGACUGUGGCCAGGUGGCCCUCGUCCCCCAGAGGCCUCUCUCCACCUGGAGAGGCGGAGACAGGGGCCUUGACAAGGACUAAACACUGGACUGAGUAAGAAGUGGGCGAGGCCUCCCAGCGGGCUGGCAGCCCCUGGGCACGUGCUGGACCCCAUGCGGGUGGGAGGCCCAACCCAGAGUUGUACCAGGUGUACCUCACAAAAGCUGCAGCACGAAAGAGAGGACGCAG